AUGGCGUCGCCGGCGAGGGCAAUGAUGGCGCUGCUGCUGCUUCUGUCGACGGCGGCCGUGUUCACGGCCCAGCAGCACGACUACGGCGACGCCCUCCGCAAGAGCAUCCUCUUCUUUGAGGGCCAACGGUCCGGCCGCCUACUCCCCUGCCAGCGCGUGCGCUGGCGGCGCGACUCGGCCCUCAACGACGCGUUCCGGGACCACUCGUGCUGGGAGCGGCCGGAGGACAUGGACACCCCUCGGACGGUCUACAAGGUGGACACCACGCACCCGGGGUCCGACAUCGCUGCCGAGAUCACCGCCGCGCUGGCCGCCGCCUCCAUCGUGUUUCGGGAGGCCGACCCGGCGUACUCCGCGGCGUGCAUAACGUGGAGAAGCAUGGCGUGCGCGGCGGCUCGGCGUCCCUCGGCAUAA